CGCGGAGGGCCCUAGGCCGUGCGCUUUGGGUGGUUCAGCCCGCUGAUGUGGUCCUGGAGGGCUUGUCUCGGUCUGUCUGGGCUCCAAGAAAGGCCUGGUGUCUCAUGAGUUCCUUCUUUCCCAGUCCUGCCGUUCUCCAAAAGAAGGUUCUUGAGGAGGAAAAAUGUUUUGCACAUUUUAAAGCCCAAAUUAGUCUGCAGGUGCCCUUCACCCAACUUCUGUUCUUUCAGAGAAGAAUCUUGGCAGUAAAAAGGUCACAGUGUAUUGAAGAAGAAUGUUAAAGAACUGUCUUGGCUUCUCUGGAUUCUGUGCUUCUCCAGUGGAGGAAGCCCAAAGAGGACUGACAAGUUCUUGCAGUUCUAAAACCAUGGCCCAUAUGUCCUUAGCAUUCAGAGAUGUGGCCAUAGACCUCUCCCAGGAGGAGUGGGAGUGCCUAGACCCUGCCCAGAGAGUCCUGUACAGGGAUGUGAUGUUGGAGAACUACAGCAACCUGAACUCAUUGGCAGGAUGUUCCAUUGCUAAACCAGAGGUCAUUACUUUAUUAGAGCAAGAAAAAGAGCCCUGGAUGGUAAUGAGAGAAGGGACAAGAAGCUGGUACACAGAUUUGGAGUCUAAGUAUGUCACCAAGAAGUUAUUUCCAGAAAAGGAUAUUUGUGAAAUAUAUUUAUCUCAACUGAAGACAGUGGAAAAAAGUAAAGCCUACCUCCUUGAGGAUACCAUUUUCAGAAAUGAUUUGCAGUGUAAACAUGAAUUUGAAAGACAAGAAAGACAUCAGAUGGGAUGCCUUAGUCAAAUGAUAAUCCAAAAACAUGUAUCUCUUCCUCUACAUCAGAAAAUUCAUUCUAGAGAGAAAUCAUAUGAAUGUAAGGAAUGUAGGAAAGCUUUCCGACAACAGUCAUACCUUAUUCAGCAUCUAAGAAUUCACACUGGUGAGAGACCCUAUAAAUGUAAGGAGUGUGGGAAGGCCUUUUGUCGUGUGGGAGAUCUUAGAGUACAUCAGACAAUUCAUGCUGGGGAGAGACCCUUUGAGUGUAACGAUUGUGGGAAGACAUUUAGACUUCAUUAUCACCUUACUGAACAUCAGAGAAUACAUUCUGGUGUGAAGCCCUUUGAGUGCAAGGAGUGUGGGAAGGCCUUUGGUCGUAUUAGAGACCUCAGAGUACAUCAGACAAUUCAUGCUGGGGAGAGACCUUAUGCAUGUAAAGAAUGUGGGAAGGCCUUUAGACUUCAUUAUCAACUUACUGAACAUCAAAGAAUUCAUACUGGUGAGAGGCCUUAUGAAUGUAAGAUUUGUGGAAAGACCUUUAGAGUGCAACGACAUAUUAGUCAACAUCAGAAAAUUCAUACUGAUGUAAAACCCUAUAAAUGUAAUGAAUGUGGAAAGGCCUUUAGUCAUGUCUCUUACCUUGUUCAACAUCAGAAAAUUCAUACUGGUAAGAAACCUUAUGAAUGUAAAGAAUGUGGUAAGUCCUUUAGUUUUCAUGCAGAACGUACUCGGCAUCAGAGAAUUCAUACUGGUGAGAAACCCUAUGAAUGUAAAGAAUGUGGAAAAGCUUUUCGUCUUCAAACAGAACUUACUCGGCAUCAUAGAAUCCACACUGGUGAAAAACCCUAUGACUGUAAGGAAUGUGGGAAGGCCUUUAUUUGUGGCUAUCAACUUACUUUACAUCUGAGAGCUCAUACUGGUGAGAUUCCCUAUGAAUGUAAGGAAUGUGGGAAAACCUUCAGUAGUCGCUAUCAUCUUACUCAACAUUACAGACUUCACACUGGUGAGAAACCUUACGGAUGUAAAGAAUGUGGGAAAGCCUUUCGUCUUCAAGCAGAACUUACCCGACAUCACAGAAUUCACACUUGUGAAAAACCCUGUGAAUGUAAGGAAUGUGGGAAGGCCUUUAUUCGUAGCAAUCAACUUAUUUCACACCAGCGAAUUCACACCAGUGAGAACACUUAUGAAUGCAAGGGAUGUGGGAAGAUUUUUAGUCGUCGCUACAAUCUUACCCAACAUUAUAAAAUCCAUACUGGUGAAAAACCCUAUAGAUGUAAAGAAUGUGGAAAGGCCUUUCGUUUUCAAACAGAACUUACUCAGCAUCACAGAAUUCAUACUGGUGAAAAACCCUAUAAAUGUCAGGAAUGUGGGAAAGCCUUUAUUCGUAGCAAUCAUCUUACUCAACAUCACAGAAUUCAUACUGGUGAGAAACCCUAUGAAUGUAAGGAAUGUGGGAAGACCUUUAGUCGUCACUAUCAUCUUACUCAACAUCACAGAAUCCAUACUGGUGAAAAACCCUACAUAUGUAAUGAAUGUGGGAAUGCUUUUAUUUGUAGUUAUCAACUUACCUUACAUCAGAGAAUUCACACUGGUGAGAUUCCAUAUGAAUGUAAGGAAUGUGGAAAAACCUUUAGCCGUAGAUAUCAUCUUACUCAACAUUUUAGACUUCAUACUGGUGAGAAACCCUAUGGAUGUAAAGAAUGUGGGAAUGCCUUUCGUCUUCAGGCAGAACUGACUCGACACCACACAAUUCAUACUGGUGAGAAACCUUAUAAAUGUAAAGAAUGUGGGAAGGCCUUUAGUGUUAAUUCAGAACUUACUCGACAUCACAGAAUUCAUACUGGUGAGAAACCGUAUAAAUGUAAAGAAUGUGGGAAAGCCUUUAUUCGUAGUGAUCAGCUUACUUUACAUCAGAGAAAUCAUAUUAGUGAGGAAACCCUACGCAUAAUGUAAAGAGGGCACAAUGGCCUUUAGAAAAUGCCUUUCAUAACAGCAGAGAACUCAUACUUAAUUUUUUAAAUGUUUUACUUGUUAGGGAAAAUAUGGGACUCCCUUUUAUUUCAUACUCGAAUAGUUUUAUACAUACUGAUUUAGAGUCAAAAAAUCAUAAUGUCUACUGAGUCUUAUUUAAACUUGAGCAGACUGAUACUGGUGCAGUGCAUCUCAAACCAAGGCGAAGGACCGUUCCAAACUGUAGUUGCCCAUUACCUUUAGAAAAU